AUGGCUGCAAUACCAAACUUGAACACACUUCGAAUUGGACGUGGUGGCCCACGGCGACGCGGAGGCCGAGGAGGAAUAGGAUCUAGUAGUGAUGGAGAACCGAGCGAGCGCGACUCGGAGACAGCCCGAGAUCGAGUGGUCCAGCAAACAGACCACGACGCCAGCAGCAGCCGCAUGAGCGCCAUCGAACUGGACUAUCUCGACGAUGUGUACGCAAAACAGCUCUGGACUCCCAAUGAGAAAGUACCGAAGCGGUAUCCAAUCAUCAACCGGGGGACGUAUGUGAGGACGAAGGCCAUCGACAAGCUGGUUACGUUGUUUCUGCAAGCACAGCCAACGCAGAGGAAGCAAAUCGUGUCUCUAGGAGCGGGCUCAGACACGCGCUUCUUCCGCUUCUGGGUCCAAGGGCUGCUCAAAGACGCUGGCGUGACGUACCACGAACUCGACUUUGAGGCCAAUGUCAACCAGAAGCGACACUCGGUCAGAUCCUCAUCUGUCCUCUCGGAGCACAUCAAGCAAGCAGAAAAGGCAGGCACGUCUUAUAAUCUGCACGCCAUCGACCUCCGAGAUCUCACCGCAAAAUCGCCGCCACCCAUACCAGGGCUUGAACCGGACCUGCCGACGUUGAUCUUGAGCGAGUGCUGCUUGUGUUACCUCCCCCCGGACAUUGCGAGCAGCGUCAUCCAAUACUUCACCAUGAACAUGCAAAGCGCUUUGGCGAUCGCGGUCUACGAACCCAUACGACCAUUCGAUGCCUUCGGAAAGACCAUGGUCUCAAAUCUCGCAUCUCGUGGAAUCCAUCUUCAGACCUUGAAGCGCUACUCCUCCCUCGAAGCUCAAAGGCAACGUAUGCGGCUGGCGGGUCUGAAGACUUGCCAGGGUGCACGGGACGUUUACGAGCUGUGGGAGAGCACUGCGUGGGUUGGCGACGAGGAGCGUCAGAGGAUUGAAGGCCUAGAAUGGCUUGACGAGAUCGAAGAGUGGCAGCUUCUGGCAAGUCAUUAUUGUGUUGCUUGGGGCUGGACGGGUGAUAUUUUCAGCGAGGCAUGGGCAGCACUCGAUGGCGGACAGAGCACUGCUGAGAGCAAGCACGAUGACGUGACAAUAAACUCAAGCACGAGACGGGCCUUCCGUGAUUGGCUGGACCCUCAUGGCUCAUCUUCGCUCACCAUCAGCCAAGAGACAAGCAACGGCAUCGAUAAACAGCUCUACAUGGAGCAAUUGCGCUCAUCUUCCAGACUGCUUAGAAUAUCUGUGAACCCCUCUACACGCGGCAUACGAACUCAAAACUCUCGUCAUGCUCUCGGUUACGGCGCAACAAAGCCGAUUCCAUAA